AUGGCUGGCAUGGAUCUUUAUCUAAAUGACCCAGUGAACAAGCAGCAGCAACUGCAUCCGCAAUAUCAACAGCAAGCGCGUUCUCCUUUAAAUUUAGGUUUCCCGCCUGAGCUUGGAUAUGGCUAUCCAAUGUUUCAACCGAAUCAAUAUCCUUUGCAACCGCCAACUCAUUUCGGUUUUAAUCCGUUGCCUUUAUAUCCGCCCCUGUAUCCCGGUCUUGGUCCAUUUUUCAAUCAUUUCCCUCCUCCCCCAACUGGUCCAAAUCCUCAUCCUCCUCUACCACCACCUAUAAUACCGAUUCCACCAAGACGCACUACACGGAUGGAAGCGCCUUUCAUGCCAUCACAAUUUAUAGGUUUUGCGCUGAACGAUGAUCGCCGCCAUCCGCCUGAUCAUGCCAAAGGCAGUCAAACUCCCAGCGACACCCGAACUUCGAAUUCUGCCUACGCGAUGCCACUUUCUAAGCCAGUUUAUGAAACGCAAAGCAAUUCACCGAAUGGAAACGUAAAUGAUCCAUACCCUCCUAACAAUAACAAUAAUUUAAUAUAUAUGUCACCAAAUUAUACCUACGGCUUAUAUAAAAACAAUUAA